GUUUCCCUCUUGCUGCUGAUCACUUACAAUCUGACAACCCUUCCAAUUCUCCUCAGAGCAAUCCCUCUCUCCACAGAAGACCAGAAGUAACCUCUUACAUUAGGAUCAUCAGGCUCUGAUAAACUGGAUUUAUACCCAGCUUGCAGGAUCAGAUUCACCAGUAGGUAUUCUUGUAGAAACAUACCUUCAUGAUCCCAGUGCGUAGGAGAGCCUUGGCACAGUGAUCCUCUGCCCCCAUUCCACAGGCAGUGUUCCACACCUCUGAUCCCCUCUUCUCUCCAAAGUCUAUGGAAGGUAUCGGUGUUAUAGUGGGCAGGAAGGGCAGAGGGUAGGCUAGGAAAGGCACAGAUGGGUCAGGGCAGGGAGAAAGCAUCAUCUCCUCCCUCCCCCCAACUCCUUACUGCCACCACCAGUCGCCUCACACUGAAUAAUACUUCCACAAUUCCUCCUUCCCUCUACCUCCCAUACACACAUUGGAGAACCACCUUUAGCCCAUCAGAGACAGAUUUGAUGCAGUGAGCCAUAACCAUGAGAACAGGAAUAGCCCUGGCCUCCCAUUGAUCCUGAAGGAUCUGCAACCUUUGUGGGGAGGCACUGUAGGCUAUUCUGCGUGAGAGGAAUAACCCUGCCGCUAAUGCAGCAACUGUUGAGAAAGUUCCACAAGCAGAAACUUGUGCAGAUUUCUUCCUCUUAAUCCCCAUCCUAAAGUGUCAGUCCUACUGGCUCUCCCAAGGACAAUUUAAAACCUCAUCAGACAUUUAGAACUGAAUGCAAAAGACACUGUUACCAAGAGAAAAAAAAUGGCUUUAAACUUCACAGAAAAAAUAGUGCUGCCAACAUAUUGUGAUAGCUCUUUUAAGAUCUUAAGUAUUAUUGCCAACGGCCAAGAACAUUACUGAUUACUGCGUAUGGUAUCCGUUGGACAUGGGAAACUAAAUGUAAUGGGGUGGUAGCCAAAAUCUACUAAUGGGGAAAAGUGCACAGGAUUAAUUCAGUGUGUUGUAAUCUUAUCCACAGGCUGUUCUGUAAUCUGUACAAGAUCUCUGGCAAACAACUUUACUUUUAAGUGGUAAAAAAUUAUUUGCACACUCAUAAAGAGAGUAUAAAUGAUGUGCGAUGUCGUGAACUAGCCUGCAGUAGUUCACUUGAAACACAUCUGAAACCUUCAAGCACAUCUAUCUUAAAGAAUGACUCAGGGAAAGACAGGAAAGUACAAGAAAGCUCUUUACCAUAAUGUCUAUGUUUCCAGCUAGUACAUGAAGAAGCUGAUAUACAAUUUCCAGCAACAAUAAAAUGAAGCUACUAUAAUGUCAUACUCCCCCUUCCUCUUUUCCCCCCAUUUGCUCUCCAUUUACUAAUUUAUUUUCUCACCCCCAUGCCCAAAGAGCUCCAGGCCUUCAUGCUGAAGCCACUUCAUGGGUAGAACCCUGGCUGAAGGGUCUGCAUACAGAACAGCUAUAGUGCUGGGCUCCAAGGAGCUUUUAUUUCAGGCAAAAGUAAUUUGCAAAGGUCUGUACUAAAGCUCAAUGAAUAGGGAAUAGCUCUGUGAUCCCACUUCUCACCACUAGCACAUACUCAGAACCAGCCAUAAUUCUACCCAAUGACUUUAAGAGCAUUAUUUGAGCAAUGGUCAGAGGGAAAAGGAAUUAAGCAGUGUGAAGACCCCUGAAAGCAUUAUGCCUGCAGAAGUCAGGAGCGGGGAUAACACCACUUUCAGGGUAGCUAGGAUCAGUGUCAUUCCCUGCAAUGCUUUCUGCACCUAUUCUGCAGGUAUUGCAUGUGCUUUCCCCUAUGCUGCUUGGUAUUUACCAACUGGUGUACUGUUAAGGCUCCCACACCAAACACCAAACCUACUCUUCGAGGGUACCCUCUGGCCUUCUCCCCUUGUGGUCCACAGCAUUUUGCAAUCAAAAUAUGGCUUCCUCCUUUGCAGUGUGCUGGGAAUAGCUCUGUGAUCCCACUUCUCACCACCAACAUGUACUCAGAACCUGCCCUAAUCAUACCCAAUGACUUUAAGAGCAUUAUUUGAAAAAAGAAUAUGUGCCAGUUGGUUUAAUUCCUCCUUUUCUGCUUUGCACAGGCUUGGGAGAUAAUAGUUACAUAGCAGAAUGGAAAAGGAUAUGACUACUGGAUAAAAAAAUAUCUGAGACAAGAGUGAGUAUGACACCAACGAAAAUGUGGUUGGAAUCUGGACACACCUUUGCACCUUGAUCUUGUUGUUGAACUGUAGCAUAACAAAAAAAUUCAGAUUUAAUGAUGGAAACAAAUUGGAUCAUUCAUUUGCUGCUCCUCUUGUCAGUUACCAUGUUUUUUGCCAUUGCGAUACCAAAUGAGAAGAAUCAGAAUGUGACAGAAGACUCCACUCAGCUGAGUGUGACUAGGAAUAAAAUUAUGACAGCUCAGUAUGAAUGCUAUCAGAAAAUUACGCAAGAUCCUAUUCACAGUAAAGAAGGUCCUUACUGUAAUAGAACAUGGGAUGGUUGGUUGUGUUGGAAUGAUGUUGCAGCAGGAACCGUAUCAGUACAACGCUGUCCUGACUACUUUCAGGACUUUAACCCAUCAGAAAAAGUGACAAAGAUCUGUGACCAAAAUGGAAACUGGUUUAGACAUCCCGAAAGCAACAGAACGUGGACAAACUACACCCAGUGUAAUCUCCGUACACAUGAAAAAGUAAAGACAGCUCUGAAUUUGUAUUAUCUGGCCAUCAUCGGGCAUGGUCUUUCAAUUGCAUCACUUUUGAUUUCCCUUGGCAUAUUCUUUUACUUUAAGAGCUUGAGUUGCCAAAGGAUCACCCUACAUAAAAAUCUGUUUUUCUCUUUUGUUUGCAACUCCAUCGUUACAAUAAUUUGGCUGGCGGCAGUUGCCAACAACCAGCAGUUAGUUGCAACUAAUCCAGUUAGUUGCAAAGUAUAUCAGUUCAUUUACCUAUAUUUAAUGGGUUGCAAUUACUUCUGGAUGCUCUGUGAAGGGAUUUAUCUGCAUACUCUCAUUGUGGUGGCCGUUUUUGCAGAGAAACAACACCUGAUGUGGUAUUAUCUUCUCGGCUGGGGAUUCCCAUUGAUCCCUGCCUGCAUACACGCUAUAGCAAGAAGUCUGUAUUUCAAUGACAACUGCUGGAUCAGUUCUGAAACUCAUCUGCUGUACAUUAUCCAUGGUCCUAUUUGUGCUGCUUUAGUGGUGAAUCUUUUUUUCCUGUUGAAUAUUGUUCGAGUCCUCAUAACCAAGCUCAAAGUCACACACCAGGCAGAAUCCAGUCUAUACAUGAAAGCUGUGAGAGCUACACUCAUUCUAGUGCCACUUCUUGGCAUUGAGUUUGUGCUGUUUCCAUGGCGACCAGAAGGCCGUAUUGCUGAAGAAGUAUAUGACUACGUGAUGCAUAUCCUUAUGCAUUAUCAGGGUCUGUUGGUGGCUACAAUUUUCUGCUUUUUUAAUGGAGAGGUCCAAGCUGUUUUGAGAAGGCACUGGAAUCAGUACAAAAUCCAAUUUGAGCACAGCUUCAGCCACUCAGAUGCUAUGCGCACAGCUUCCUACACGGUAUCAUCCAUCAGUGAUGUUCAGGGCUACAGCUUCAAUCACGAUUUCACGAGUGAACAUUUAAAUGGGAAAAGCUACCAUGACAUGGAGAAUAUUGUUUUAAAAUCUGAAAAGCUGUAUGGUUGACUGCAGAAAUGCUGUAUUGCCCACAUUCUAGUCCUCAUAGCUCAUGAACUUGAAGUUUGAGUUAAUGACUUCGUGGCCAGAAGAUUUUUACCUCACUUGGGACAUGUUUUUCCUGAAUGAUGCAAACUUAAAACAAGUAUUUCUCAUGUGUAUAUACAUAUGCACAUAUGUGUGGAUGUAUAUGGUAUGCACACAUAUAUGUUCAUAUAUAGAUAUAAGUACAUAUAUAAAGAAUCAGACUUUGCCUCUUCCGUUUCUACUGUGUAGACCAAGUUGGCAAUUAUUUUGUAUGCAGGGAAUCAAUGAAGGAUUUCUUAUUCUCUUGAAAGUUUGUGUAAAGACUGUUUUGUAUUGAAAGCCAUAUCAUUUGCCUGUGAGAACUCAUCUUGUAAAUACUGUCUUAGUCAUAAUAUAUUUGCUAAAUUCAUCCAGUACACAACCUAAAUAAGUGAUUAAGAUUGAACUCUGUCAGGAAAGACAGAUUGUUGAAGAUAAUCAAGUCUGAGAUGUUGAUAUGUAUCUGGCUCAUUUUUUGCCAGUAUUUUAAACCAGGCAUGUUGUAAAGGCAUCCAGAUGCCAAUGCCCAAAAUCUGAGGCAUGAAACCCCCACUGCUUCUAUUCUUCAAUGUUAAAUUUUACAAGAUGUUUUUAAUUAUUUUAGUAGACAGACAGCCUGAUCCUGCUACAAAUGAAGCAAAAGGAAGUUUCUUAUUGACUUUAAUGGGAGCAGGACCAGUGAGGUCCUGAUCUGGAAAAGCUGAUAAGCCCAUCUUUAUCUUUGACUUUGAUGGAACUUAAACUAGUGCUUAAGUUGUUUUUAAAUUCAGGCCGGAUUGCUGACUUGGAGCAAGAUUGCAUACAUGUAAAGAAAAAUAUUUUCCUUGCCACAUGCCUGAUACCUGGCUCCUUAGUUUAUGAAUCAGGCAAAACGAAUCCCAUUGAUACAGUGGGAGUUUUGUCUGAGAAAGGCGUGCAAGAUUGCAUGGCAUGCAAAUAAAUAUUAUCUUAGAGCCAGCUUCUUUGGCCUAGGCUAGAGUAAUAAGAAAAGAUGGUUUGGGGCAUUUUCCAGUGGUUUUUGGAACACUUACCAAGUCUAUCUUAUGAAAAUCUUUUGGAGCCUUUCUGAAGUGCCUUGUUUGGGAAAUUCAGUAUUAUUUUAUGGUGACUGAUUGGAUAAGGCUUGAAUCUGUUAAGGUCUUAAGAAAAAUAUAUCUUUAAAGACAGCAUUUUCUGUGUAUUUUUAAAUGUUUUAUGUUUUAAACAAAUUGUGUAUUUUCAAAACAAAGGAAGAAAAAUCAAAAGGGGGGCACGUGAUAAAGUCUUAUUCAAAAGUAUUUUUUUAAGGCUGAAUAAAGUGAACUAAACAGAAAUGAUGAAAAAUCUAGUACUGUGGAUGGUAGAAUAUUGCCAUGCAAAAGUAUUUCUGAUUUAUUAAAACCAACACCAGAGGAUUAAAAAAUACUUUCUCAGAACACCUCAGUUUUAAAGGCUUAUUGUUGAAUAUGAAUAAUUCAGUUUUGGCCUUUAAGGGUGAUAUGUCAUUAGUCUUCUAACAGACUUCAAUAGACAGCUAAUUAGCCAGCCAUUAUAGGGCUUAUCAGUUUGAGAUUUCAUAAGAAUGUGAAUAGUUUUUGUCUUCAUCACAGCAGUUUGCAACUUUAUGUAUAUGUUUAAACCUUCUAUUGGCUGGUAAUUGAAUUUAGAUUAAUUCUGUUGGCUGGUGAGUUAAAUUCUAGAGGCCUAAUGUUCCCAUUAGAUGAUGCAACUCUACUGAUUUUACUGGGGUUUUUACCUCUUAGUGGAAGGGAGUAUUGGCUGCUCAUAGCUCCAUUAAGGAGCUGUGGAUUGGGAAGGUAGGGGGUUAGAAUGAGGUCCACAGCUUCUGGUACAAGAGCCAUCCUAACAGCUCACAGUGACAGGCCCAAUGUAGAGCCGUGUACACUCUUAGAAAAGAAACAGCCUGCAGCCCCAGUAAGGUGAGGUGAGAAACAAUCCUUUGUGGCCAUGGUGUGCCAAAUGGCGUGAGAGCUACAUUUUGUCCCUACGCAUGAGGUAGACCUUCUUGCCUAUGGCUGUUGUAUUAGAGAAUAAGUUCUCUACACUCUCUUCUUACAACACCCCUCUCACAUAUCCAGGCAAUCAAGAAAUGGUCUAAAUGCUCCUUUAUCAGAAUAAAUUUGAAUUAAAUCCUUACGCUGAUUUCACACAUGGUCUUUUUUAUAUAUACUUUGUACUGUGUUUGAGCAAACACUGGUGUAGUUACUAUCUGUGCUCUGAAGGAAUAUAGACAGUUAUGGGGUUUUUUUAAAGAGUUCUUUUUACCAGGCCAGCAUUUCUUAGUAACUGUAGUUUGCUGUUAGUAUGUUAUUCAGUGAGGAUUUGAAGUCUCAAAGAGGGUUGGGGGAAUACCUGUCUUGUUUAGGAUCUAAUUUUGUAUUUGGUAUCUGUAAUACUAAGGUGUUAGUUUUAUAUGUUUAUGGAUCUUACUUCAAAUGAGAGAGAGUGUCUAUUUUUAUGCUACUGCUAUCAGUUAAUAAAAUGCCACAAAGAAGUUAGGUCAUGCUCACUGCUGGGUGCUCAGUUGAUUCCAUUUUUUAAAAUGUUAAUUUACUAAUUGUUUUGUCAUUCAUUAUUUUUCAAGUUAAUGAUCUGCUAGAGUAUUUGGCUGAACAUAUGCUAAAACACAUCCUCCUAUGUUACCAUUUCAUGUCCUAAAAGAGUCAUGCUAGAAAUCAAGCAACAUUCAAAUUAUUGUAUAAUGUAAAUAAGAUUAAUGGACUAUAGCAAUGUAUUUAUUGCUUAUCAAGUAAGAGCAAAAUGAAAAAAUGUGAAAUUAUUUUUGGUCUUAUUUUCACUCUGUUCCUAUGAAACAUUCAUUUUAAUUGUUGAUAAACAAAGUAUUAACUUUCUGAUCAAUAAAAUAUUAUUAUGCUUA